CCUUCCGGGGCGGGGCCGCGGAACCCGGAAGUAGUCGGGGACAGGGUGAAGGCGCCUGGGUCUAAGUUGUCUGUCGUCGCUUUUCUGUGUUGCUGGUUCCCCCGCCACCGCCACCAUGGGGAAGCGACAGCAUCAGAAGGACAAGAUGUACAUUACCUGUGCCGAAUACACUCACUUCUAUGGUGGCAAGAAGCCAGAUCUCCCACAAACAAAUUUUCGUCGUUUACCUUUUGACCACUGCAGUCUCUCCCUACAGCCCUUCGUCUACCCAGUCUGCACCCCUGAAGGCAUCGUCUUUGACUUGCUGAACAUCGUUCCAUGGCUUAAGAAGUACGGGACCAACCCCAGCAAUGGAGAGAAACUGGAUGGGAGGUCCCUGAUCAAGCUGAACUUCGCCAAGAACAGCGAGGGGAACUACCACUGCCCAGUGCUAUUCACUGUGUUCACCAACAACACCCACAUUGUGGCUGUCAGGACGACCGGCAACGUCUAUGCCUACGAGGCAGUGGAGCAGCUGAACAUCAAGGCCAAGAACUUCCGAGACCUGCUGAGCGAUGAGCCCUUCUCCCGACAGGACAUCAUCACCCUGCAGGACCCCACCAAUUUGGACAAGUUCAAUGUCUCCAACUUCUUUCAUGUUAAGAAUAACAUGAAAAUAAUAGACCCAGAUGAAGAGAAGGCCAAACAGGACCCAUCUUAUUAUUUGAAAAACACGAACGCGGAGACGCGGGAGACCCUGCAGGAGCUCUACAAGGAGUUCAAAGGGGACGAGGUUCUGGCAGCCACCAUGAGGGGCCCGGAGAAGAAGAAGGUGGACAGGCUGAAUGCCGCCCACUACUCCACGGGGAAGGUCAGCGCCUCCUUCACCUCCACCGCGAUGGUUCCAGAGACCACGCAUGAAGCAGCUGCCAUCGACGAGGACGUGCUGCGCUACCAGUUUGUGAAGAAGAAGGGCUACGUGCGGCUGCACACCAACAGGGGCGACCUCAACCUGGAGCUGCACUGUGACCUGACGCCAAAAACCUGUGAAAAUUUCAUCAGGCUUUGCAAGAAGCGUUACUAUGACGGCACCAUCUUUCACAGAUCCAUCAGGAACUUUGUGAUCCAAGGUGGAGACCCCACAGGCACAGGCACAGGUGGGGAGUCAUACUGGGGGAAGCCCUUCAAGGACGAGUUCCGGCCCAACCUCUCGCACACGGGCCGGGGCAUCCUCAGCAUGGCCAACUCGGGGCCCAACAGCAACAAGUCUCAGUUCUUCAUCACGUUUCGCUCCUGUGCUUACCUGGACAAGAAGCAUACCAUCUUUGGACGGGUUGUUGGCGGCUUUGACACACUGACAGCCAUGGAGAACGUGGAGAGUGACCCCAAAACUGACCGCCCCAAGGAGGAGAUCCGCAUUGACGCUACCACCGUGUUCGUGGACCCCUAUGAGGAGGCCGAUGCUCAGAUCGCUGAGGAGCGGAAGAAGACUCAGCUGGAGGUGGCCCCGGAGACCAAAGUGAAGACCAGCCAGCCCCAGGCGGGGAGCCAGGGCCCCCAGGCGUUCCGCCAAGGGGUGGGCAAGUACAUCAACCUGGCAGCCACGAAACGAGCGGCGGAGGAAGAACCGUCCACCAGCACAGCUGUCCCCACGGCCAAGAAGAAGCCCAGCCGAGGUUUUGGGGACUUCAGCUCCUGGUAGCAGCAGGCUGGCCGCUGUGGGUCCCAGUGGGGAUGUGGGGCUAUGUCGCUAUCCCUGAGUUUUCUGCCUUCCUAGGCUGCCAUCCAAUAAAGCUCUUGCCUGUU